AUGGGUUUCACUCAACAGCAAGAGGCUUUAGUGAAUAGCUCAUGGGAAUCAUUUAAACAAAACCCUAGUUAUAGUGUUUUCUUCUACACUAUUAUUUUAGAGAAAGCACCUGCAGCAAAGGGCAUGUUCUCUUUUCUUAAAGACUCGGCUGGAGUAGUUGAUAGUCCUAAACUUCAAGCUCAUGCUGAACAAGUUUUUGGAAUGGUGCGUGAUUCUGCAAUUCAACUACAAGCGACUGGAGAAGUAGUUUUGAAAAAUGGUUCAUUGGGUGCUAUUCACAUUCAAAAGGGAGUUGUUGAUCCUCAUUUUGUGGUGGUUAAAGAAGCUCUAUUAAAAACAAUAAAGGAAGCAUCGGAAGACAAAUGGAGUGAAGAACUGAGCAUUGCUUGGGAAGUAGCCUAUGAUGGAUUGGCAGCGGCAAUUAAAAAGGCAAUGAGUUAA